GGGACAUUUUUUCUUGCGUGGGAGUACAAACUUCGGAUAAACACCCCGGCUCUUGAGUACUUUUAUUUCCAUGGUCGUUUGGGCGACAAUGUUGUGUUAGAAAACCUCCCCUGCUUAGUCGAAUCAGUCCUUGAUGUUGAAGAAAGUAAUUUUGAGAAUAUUGAAGAUUAUGCAAAGAGGGUAUGGGAUUUCAUGCGACCACUGAAAUUGUGCAUAAGCACCGCAGGGAUCCUCUGGAAUGCUUAUAAUGAUAAUGAUCUUCCCAUGUUUCAUAAUUUGUCUUCCUUGAAGAUUAAUGGUAAUCCUUGGCUUUGGUCUAAGUGUUAUGCAUGGCAUGCGAUAUAUCUCUUGUUUUCUCGGGCUACAAAGCUACAAGUACUUGUCUUUGAAUUGCAUCCCCAUUGUCUCAGGAGUUGUUAUGCACCUAAAGAUUGGUUGGAGGAGCCAUUGGAUGUCCCUGAAUGUCUGUCAUCACACCUUACAACAUGUCAUUAUAAAACCCUUUUAGGAAAAAAUUUUGAAAUGGAAAUUGUUAGAAAAAUCCUGAAGGCAGCAAGAGUGUUAAAGACAAUGAAUAUAACUGUUGAAAGUCAUCUAAGCUCAAAGGCAAAGCUUCGUAUCUGCCAGAAGUUAAUGAAGUUCCAAAGGAGCUCUAAAACUUGUCAAAUUGCAUUUGAGUAAGGAUAUAUUUCUAUUUUUAGUCUUUCUCUAAUUGGCCAGAAGCAGUAGUUUUAUGGGAAUGUUCAUUGUUCUUUGCAUCUUUCAUUUGAAAUUAUAAUGGAUUAUUUUAUUUUCUUUUUUCUCUGAUAGAUAAUUUUAAUGGAUUCAAAAUUUAGACAUA